AUCGCGUCUCUGUUCCCCGCGGGAGUAGUGUUUUGUUUUUGUUUACCCGCGUCGCUUAUCGCGCAGCCAAAAGCGUCGUAAAAAGUUUACCUCAAAUUUUAUUCAUUUUAAUUCCGUUUUUUGUGCGUUUCUUUUUCCCCGAACAAAAGCAGUUGCUAAAGUGAAAGUUUGUGCGGUCCUUUUCGGUCGCUGCAGUCAAAUUGCAGCGACGGCGGUGGUUGUGUUGUGCGCGGCGUGAAUCAGGAAGGGAACCUGCUACUGCUGAUAAGAACGCAGGAAUGGUGAUAAUCGGCUAUGUCAAUGUUUUGGUAACUGUUCAAACCUUAUCCUAAGCAUUACUAAUCCCCUGCUGGUUCGGGAUUCGGCAGACCGUCACAGUUGAUUUUCGGAUGGUGUCGAGAAAAGGGAGGAUUGUGAUAUUUUAGUUGAAAUUAUACUUGAUCUUUUGUGAUACUUCGGAAAAGGGGAAAUGGUCGAUAUCUCGCUGCAGACAGAUAAGGAAGGCAAACGGUUGGGUCGCGGACUGUCCGGCGUUGAUAAAUAUGAAUUGGAGUGGCGAAACAUCCUGGACAUCGCAAACGACGAGACUCUCUACGACCUGCGCCACGCCGCCGUCCGAGGAGAUCUCCGUGCAUCCCCAUUCCGUAGCAUUUACUGGGCUGUAUUCCUGGGUGUCCUCAAGCCCCCUUCAACGGAAUGGAUCAACCAACGAGAGCUCAACCGUCGGGAAUAUGCCGAGCUGAAAAGCCGUUACAUGCUGAAUCCGCACUCCAACCCAAACGGAGGCGAUGACCCCCUUUCGCAGUCCAAACAAAGCCUUUGGAAUCAGCACUUCUGCGAUCAGGAACUGUGCGCCGUCAUCAAGCAGGACGUGGUCCGGACCUUUCCGGGGGUGGACUUUUUCCGCAAGCAGCCGAUACAGGAGAUGAUGAUCAACAUUCUGUUCUGCUACGCGCGCAAGUACCCGACCAUGUGCUACCGCCAGGGCAUGCACGAGAUUCUGGCACCGUUGAUCUUUGUGAUACACAGCGACCAGCAGGCGCUGGAGCACAUCCGGGAGCUGCAUCCCGAUGUUGA